UCUCUCUCGCGCAGCCUUCCUCUGCGUGUACACCUGCGCACAGUCCGCGAGCCGGUGAAUCACAUUCGCGCCUCUGUCUCUCUCUUCCCGUCUGUGCCCCGUGAACGCACGCAGAUACGAACGCAUCACAGCCACCAUUUUAAACCGACAGCGCAGAUCACGAAGGAAAUUAUCCCGGAGAAAGGCACGCGCACCGAUGGCUUUCAUCGACAGGAUGCAGAUAUUGUGUUGUGGCUAAUUUUUAACGGCGCUCCGCUGUUCUUUCCUCCGGUUAGGGAACUGUGCGCAGCUGUCUGUCGGGAUUGGUCAGCUUGUGUUUUUCCUCCGUUUUUUCCUGUCUCCUCACCGGAGAGGAACUGCAAAGUGCUGGUGCGUCGCCGAUUCCGCCAGCUUGAAGCCCUCACCAGCCACACCGACAUGGGACGAACGGAAGCUAAACUCUCCAUCACCACGACCUGGACAAUUGGCUAAGUAGGAAGCAGUUAAGUCUACAGUGUGAGGAGAGAAAUAAAGCUAGCCAAAGAGACAGCGCAGAGACAAGUUCAGGAAGUGGACACACACACAUACACAAAGGACAAUCCCUUGCUGACACACACACACACACACGCGCGCACGUGCGGCAUAGCGAUGGCUCUGGAGAACGCCAUCCUCUCCUCUCGCCCCAACACCCUCUGUCUGCCUGUCUCCGAGAAAGGGGAGGGGCCAGUGGAGGAAGUCCCUGACGAGGCCCCGCCCCAAACAGGCGGCAUCUUCAACGUGUCCGAGGAGCUGGGCCACGUCGUCACCACGGAGACCAGCCCGCCCCCAAAGCCAUCCAACAAUGACAUGUCCUUCCAGGACAAGAUGGCCGCCCGGGAGGCCCAGGCCAAUCAACACCGCAAGAAGGUGCAGGGAGCUGGGCAGGAGAAGGGCAGGUUUGGCUGGGGGCGGCGUAGUCGUCGUAAGCGACAGCGCUACGUGGAGAAGAACGGCCGCUGCAACGUGCAGCAUGGGAACACGGGCACGUACCGCUACCUGACGGACAUCUUCACCACGCUGGUGGACCUCAACUGGCGCUGCUCGCUCUUCGUCUUCGUCAUGGCCUACGCCGUCACCUGGCUCUUCUUCGGAGCUAUCUGGUACCUCAUAGCCUACCUCAGAGGGGACUUGGACCAUCUGGAGGAUGAGACCUGGACUCCAUGUGUGAAUAACCUGAACGGCUUCAUCUCGGCGUUCCUGUUCUCCAUCGAGACGGAGACCACCAUUGGCUAUGGACACCGCGUCAUCACUGACCAGUGCCCCGUGGGCACCAUGCUGCUGCUGCUGCAAGCCAUCCUGGGCUCCAUGGUCAACGCCUUCAUGGUGGGCUGUAUGUUUGUGAAGAUCUCACAGCCCAACAAGCGCGCGGAGACGCUGGUGUUCUCGCGGAAUGCGGUCAUCUCUCUCCGUGACGACCGGCUGUGUCUGAUGUUCCGAGUUGGAGACCUCCGCAGCUCACACAUCGUGGGGGCCAACAUGAGAGCCAAGCUCAUCAAGUCCAAACAGACGCAGGAGGGUGGUUCAUUUCAUCUUGACCAGACCCAGGACGUCAGGUGUGGGUUUUGGAGGCAGGGAGACUGGUCGGCUGUUCACCAAUUGUCUCCGCUGGUCAUCUCUCAUGAAUCAUCCACUAAGCCCGACUGGGACAUGGGCCAACAUUUGAGGAAGGGCGACUUUGAGAUGGUCGUCUGGAGGGGCGUGGUGGGAGCCACAGGUCUAAUUUCUAGAUCAUCUGCUGUGGAGACUGUAGAUUUCUAUAUCAUCUUGUUUGGAGACUGUAGAUUUCUAGAUCAUCUGGAGACUGUAGGUGUGCUAAUUCUCUUCCUGCUCUCACAGGUGGACACUCCUUCCUGCUCCGCCCACGAGCUGGCAUUGGCUACUGCCCGACGGGAGGCACAUCUCUAUUGGUCAAUCUCCAGUCGCCUGGAUGAAGAGAAGUGGGAAAGCCCUCCUCUGGCCGACCAAUUAGAGAAGACGGCAGACACAGAUCUAGCCAAUGGGAAAGAGGAAGAUGGGCCCACGUUCAUCGUGGGUGGAGUCACUGAAGUGCAAGACCAAUCAGGACCCGGGGAACAGAAUGGCAGUGUCACAACCGACCAAUCAGAAUCAGAGGCUUGAAGAGGAGGAAAGGGAAAGAUGAUGAUGAUGAUGAUGAUGAUGAGGAUGAAGAUGAGGAUGAGGAUGGUGGUGGUGGUGGUACAGACAAGGAGAGAGUCAUUCUACCCAUUCUAUUGGUCUGGGUGGUUGUACAGCAUUCCAGUCUUUCUACUAGAAACAAGCUGUGUGUGUGUGUGUGUAAAUGCUAACGUGUAGCAUAGCAGGCCUGACACCAUAGGGGGAUAUCUGUGUUACUGACUGUCUCUGGUUAUGUGUGUCUGUGUGUGUGUGUGUGUGUGUGUGUGUGUGUGUGUGUGUGUGUGUGUGUGUGUGUUUGAGAGAGAGAGAGAGAGAGAGAGCAUCUCAGCCAGCAUAUGAGUACUUU